AUACCAUCCAUACCUCUCUUUCCCCCGUCUCCCCUCCCUCUCUCACUCACUCCCUCCCUUAGUCACUCCCUCUCAGUCCGUCACCCCUCCCGGCACCCCCCUUGAUCCAAAAGCCUGGACGUCCCGACCCGAUCUUCCGGCGAUGAGAGAGAGAGACAGACGUCUCUUGAAUAACUCUCCUUGAACGCGAUUGACUUUUCUUUUCGCCUUGUGUCCCUCCCCUCCCCCUUCCCGACGAGCGACCGGACUAGACUGGACUCUAAUGUCGCAUUUCGAACGAAGCUUUGAAGCUCUGAAGCUCUGAUUGCGCCGCCGCCGCCGCCGCCGCCGCCGCUCCCACUCGGUCCCUUUGAAAGAGUCUUUUCCCAACGCCGCAUCGUUGGAAAGAGAGCAAGAGAGAGAGGGCGAGAAAGAGAGAGUGUGUGUUUGAGAGAGACAGAGACACAAGUCGAUAGCCAGUCAACAUCGUCUUUACCUAGCCAUUCGUUUCCUCCCUUCCCGUUCAAUUCUUUCGUUCAGUUCAGUUCAGUUUAGGGGGUCGUCCGUCGCUCUUUUGGGACCCCUCCCUUUUCUUCCACAACUAGUAAUUCCCGUAAAAAAAAAACACCCGUUCGACUCGGGACGGAACCGCCGCCGCCACCCCCCCCCGUGUCAAGUCAUCUGAAUAGUCUCUGACCCCGAUUCCGAACCAUCGACAAAGACGACGACAUCGACGACAUCGACGACGAAGACGACAACGACGACGGCGAUCACGACGACCACUACUACUACUUGAUACAACUCCCACUACUACCACUACUACCACCACCACCACUAGUACUACAGCUACUACCCACGAUCCUUACUUCACAAUGAAACUCACCGCAGUCGUUCCCUACCUCGUCUACGUCUUCUCUCUCGCCGCCUUCUUCCCCUCGGCCGCGUCGGCCGAAAAGAUCCUCCAGUCGCUCUCACUCAACAACUGCCAGAAGGAGUCGGACUUCUCGGCCAGCCUCUUCAACGUCGUCGUCUCGGCCAACAAUGGCUCCGUCACGGCCAACGUGGCCGCCGUCGUGUCGGUCGAGGGCAAGGCCGUCUUCGACGUGGCGCUGCGCAUCUACGGCUUCGAGUACAUGCGGCAGGUCAUCGACCCGUGCACCGCCAACCUGCAGGGCCUCUGCCCGAUGAAGCCCGGCAAGAUCGACAUGGAGUUCUCCUUCGACAUUGGCGACAAGCUCGACGCCGUGCCGGGUAUCGCCUACACCAUCCCGGACCUCGACGCCACCAUCCGCGCCCUCGUCAACCUCACCGACACGGACGAGACCGUCGCCUGUGUCGAGGCCGACUUCUCCAACGGCAAGACCGUCGACCUCGUCGGCGUCAAGUGGGCCACCGCCGUCAUCGCCGGCCUCGGCCUGGGAUCCGCCGGCAUCAUCUCCGCCAUGGGCCACUCGGACGCCGCCGCCCACCUCGCCGCCAACGCGCUCUCGCUGUUCGGCUACUUCCAGGCCCAGGCCCUCGUCGGCCUCAGCGGCGUCGACAUGCCGCCCAUCGUCCAGGCCUGGACCCAGAACUUCCAGUGGUCCAUGGGCAUCGUGCGCCUCGGCUGGAUGCAGGACCUGUGCACCUGGUACCAGCGCGCCACCGGCGGCGAGGCAGCCCGCCUGCUGGACUCGGUCCGGAGCGUCUCGGUCCAGGUGUCGAAGCGUUCCGUCCCGGGCCCCGUCCGCCGCGGCCUGCGCGCCCUGGCCCGGCGCGCCAACAUCAAGCUCGAGAACGGGUCCUACAUCGUCUACGGCAUCCAGCGCGUCGCCUUCCGCGCCAAGAUCGAGACGACCAACCUGUUCCUGACGGGCCUCAUCGUCUACUGCGCCUUCGUGCUCUUCACCGUGCUCGGCGUCGCCGCCUUCCGCUACGGCACCUCCAUGGCGGCCAAGAACAACUGGACCCGGCGCGACCGCUUCCUCGAGUUCCGGCGCGACUGGAAGACGACGCUCAAGGGCAUCCUGUUCCGGCUGUGCCUCAUCGGGUUCCCGCAGAUGGCGGUGCUGUGCCUCUGGGAGUUCGUGCAGGCCGACUCGCCGGCGCUCGUCGUGCUGGCCGUCGUCUUCUUCUUCGGCACGCUCUUCACUCUCAUCUGGGCCUCGUUCAAGGUCAUCCGCAUCGCCAAGCAGUCCAUCCUGACGCACCAGAACCCGGCCCACGUGCUCUUCUCGAACCCGGCCAUCAUCAACAAGUGGGGGUUCCUGUACGUGCAGUACCGCGCCUCGGCCUACUACUUCAUCGUGCCCUUCAUCGGCUACGUCUUCGCCAAGGCCGCCGUCGUCGCCUUCGGCCAGGGCGUCGGCGUCGGCCAGGCCAUCGCCCUCAUCAUCCUCGAGGCCGCCGCCCUCAUCGCCGUCAGCGUGCUCCGCCCCUUCAUGGACAAGCCGACCAACUCGUUCAACAUCUCCAUCUUCGCCGUCAACUUUGUCAACUCGGUCUUCCUGCUCAUCUUCACAAACGUCUUUGGCGCCCCCGGCAUCGUCGUCGGCGCCGUCGGCGUCGUGCUCUUCGUCGUCAACGCCGUCUUCGCCCUCGUGCUGCUGCUCAUGGUCCUCAUCUCGAGCGUCCUCGUCUUCUGGCGCGUCAAGGGCAAGCCGCCGCAGCAGCCGUCGCAGCUGGUCGACCCGGCCGUCACGGGCAAGGGCGACCGCACCGAGAACAAGGGCCUCCUGGACCUCGACGAGGACGAGGCCGGCGGCGGCGUCAGCCGGAGAGAUUCACUGCGCUUCGCCGAGAAGGCCAUGGAGGGCGGCAUGAGCCAGCACAGCCUUGGCAACAGCAACAACAACAGCAGCACUGCCCUGUACCGCCCGCCGACCGUUACCGUCGCCGGCGGUGGCGGUGAUAACCACGAGCUCUCGGUGCUCCCGUCGCCCGGCGCCCGGUCCGCUGUGAGUCCGUCGGUGCCUAUGUUCCCCGUGGACACCUCGAUGCGGCCGCGCACGCCGGUGACGCCGCGGUCCCCGCACGGGGACGAGUACCCGCCGAGUCCGUUUGCGAACCAGAUGGGCCAGAAUAUGCACGAGUUCCGGCAGCAGAACAAUAACAGUCCAUGGCAACGCGGCGCCGGUUACGAUCACUAAACCACCCAUCACCGUGAUCAAUGAGGGUUCUGAUGGCCAAAUUUUCCUUUUUGUAUUACUUAGUUCCUGGUCUACCUACUCAGGCAUUUUAUCCACAUUAGACUAUCUUGUCAGGCGCACCGGGGGGUUCCUUGGGGCAUCAUUGCUCACCUGUUCUUUAUUUUCCCUCAUGUCUUCCUUGCCAGCGUUGCAUCAUCCAGCGGGAUACAUCACCAUAUCAUGUGCAGUUAGAUAAUUGACAGAUCUAAUGAAUGUUCC